AUGGACAGAUUGACGUGGUACCAGCCAGGAGAAUAUAUGGAAGAUAUAAUCAUCCAAAGUGGUCACGUGGGCAUAUACGAUGGAGACGUGAAACAGACAACGUAUGAGCAGGGAACUGCUUCCCUUACAUUGCAUCGUAUUAUCUGGGCUGAUUCCAAUGAUCCGGACCAUCGACUAAUUUUGCAUCACUCUUUGGUAGCUGGUAUUGAGAAGCACCAUAAGUCUAUGUUCCGUCGAGGUGGCAAAAUCAUCCUUUCACUUCAUCCUAAACCACCUGGGCAACAGCGAGGCCCCUUCGCCUCUUCUUCUUUUAAUUGUAUUCGCCUUGUUUUUCGAAAUGGUGGAGAAGAUGAGUUUUUUGAAAAAUACAAGGAAGCGUUGGGAAUGAAUGCAUGGGAACGAUUACCUUCUGGAUGUCCAAUGUCAAAUUCUGUCGCUUUACGCAACUGUAACACUUCGUCGUCACGAGCCGUAGGUAUCUCAGGCAUCGAGAAAAGACUUGCUGAGAACCAUCAUCAUACCCAUGAAAGCAUAAGCCAGGCUUUUGAAGAUAUGAAUCGAUUGAUGGAAUAUGCGCGAGAGAUGGUAUCACUUUCGAAGGCCAUCACCGAUAAGUUGCGAGCAAAGAAAGGAGAAAUAACUGACGAUGAAACUGUACGUUUCAAGACCUAUCUGCUUAGUCUGGGCGUUAGCGACCCAGUGACGAAAUCAGCAUUUGGUAGCAGUGCUGAGUAUUACAAAAAACUUGCGGAAGAGUUGGCUGUGGUGUUAUGUGCCCCUCUUAAGGAAUGCGGUGGCAUGAUGACUUUAUCAGACGUAUAUUGUCGUAUUAACAGAGCUCGUGGUUUAGAGCUCUUGUCACCAGAAGACAUUUUGAAUGCAUGUCACAUGUUGGAACAGCUGGAUUUACCCAUAUCAUUGAAUUGCUUUAAAAGUGGUGUCAUGGUUGUACAGCUAAAAGAGAUGAGUGUAGAGACCACCAUCGAGGGCACUGUGGAGUUAGUAGCGGCUAUGGGCGCAUGUAAUGCCACUAAGCUUGCUAAGUGUCUCGGCAUCACAAUUAUCCUUGCAAAAGAGAGAUUGCUUGCUGCGGAAGCUCAGGCAAAACUUUGUCGUGAUGAUACCGUCGAAGGUCUUGCAUUCUAUCCAAAUCGUUUCUUGACUUCUUGCUGA